GGAAGGGCGCCAUUCAUUUUCAUUGAGAGCAUCCGGUACACCGGGGGGAAAAAGGAUCUUUCACAAUGGUGAAGAUUUUUGUGGGGAAUCUUCCUCGAGAGGCGGACCAGGAAGAAAUCCAGACCCUCUUCAGCCAGUACGGCACGGUCACAGAAUGUGCCAUCAUCAAGAACUUCGCUUUCGUCCACAUGGACGAUCGCAAGGCCGCCACCAAAGCCAUCAAAAGCCUGCAUCUGCACAAGCUUCACGGCACACCGAUCAACGUCGAGGCCAGCCACGGCAAGAACCAAGGCUCGGUCAAACUGCACGUGGCCAAUGUAGAGAAGGGCUCCGACGACGAGCUGCGCGCCCUGUUCGAAGAAUACGGUACCGUCACCGAAUGCGCCAUCGUGAAGAACUUUGCCUUUGUACACAUGUCCAACUCCGACGAGGCCAUGGACGCCAUAAAGGGACUGGAUAACGCUGAGUUUAAAGACAAACGAAUCCAUGUUCAGAUAUCAAAGAGCCGUCCCAGACACGAGGAACGCGAGGACUACCCACCUCUUCCCCAAGACCGGGGCGGUUACUGGCCCCCCCGGUAUCCAGGGGACAGAAACGAGCCUCCCCCGCCCGGCUAUAUGAGAGGCCGUCUCAACCCCCCCCUACCUCCGGGUUACCCCAUCCCUCCUCCACCUCCCCCUCCGCCUAGGCGAGCCGCUUACCCGGAGCGCCCCUACGAGCGCGACGGCUACGGCGUGGUAGAUUACUACGAGAAAUACAGAGCCCGUCCGUAUAGCCUCAACUCCUUCGACGACAGGCGACCUGGCGCCAUACCCCCUCCCCCGCCUCCCCCCACGGCCGUCGUCCGAGAGCGUCUCAUGACGCCCCUUGACCCCUACGAGCGUCGGCCCCUCCCGCCUCCUCCUCCUCCGAACGCAUUCUAUGCCCGAGACCGUAGCCCACUCAGGAGAGCGGCGCCGAUGCCGAUGGCCCCCACCAAUAACGGCUACAACUACGAGCGCUCCCGUCUCUCCCCCGUCGCCAGGGCGCCGGCGUACGGAGUUCCUCGCGCCAGGGACCCCUUCACAGAGCGGUUGCCGCCCCCGCCGCCUGCCCGCUACACGUACUAAGUCGCCCCCCCUGUCCGGCAUGAGAAUCAAGGUUUUAACUAUGACAGGAUCGUCGUCCGACUGCGUCGCCGCCGCACGCCGUCUCCGGAUGCACGUCACGCUAUAUCCUCUCCCCGUCUGUGGCUGUGCGCGUUAAACCCCUCCCCCCUCUCGCCCCG